CGAGCUGUUAAACUGCCCAACAAACUCAGCCACCAGCUUCAACUUCCAUUUCUAUUACUACUUUAAUCCAUUAAGGGAUGAAUUAAAAUGCAAUCUUUAAACAAAUUUGAGUUUCUUAUUGGCUCAAAGAGUUAGGUAAGCUAAUAUAAACCAAUAAACCAGCAUAAUUAUAUAAAUAUAUAUGCGAUUUGCUUUUCCUUAUGCUGGAUCUUCCAACCUCCAUUAAUGGCUAAGCUUCUGCUCCUCUCAGGGCUCUCUGUAAUCUUCACUGUGUUCUUAGCUUGUGAAGCCACUAUCUUCAUGGUCGGCGACUCCGCAGGCUGGGAUACAAGCGCAGAUCUCACUUCAUGGCCAGUCAACAAAAUUUUCUCUGUUGGUGAUGUUUUAUUAUUCCAAUAUUCCAAUUAUCACACAGUCAAUCAAGUGGACAAAAAUGGCUAUGACACCUGCAAUUCUUCAAAUGCUUUACUGUCAAGGUCUGAUGGGAAUACUUCGAUCUCCCUUUCUUCUUCUGGCGAUAUCUAUUUCAUUUGCUCAAAACUUCCGCACUGUUUUGGAGGAAUGAAGCUUAAAGUUAACGUGAGGAGUAACCAGACUGGCGAGCCGCCAGCCGCAUCGCCGGAGUCGUCUUCAACGAGUACUCUCCCUCGGAAUCCGACGACGACGGCGAAUGGUGACUUUUUGCCUCCUUUAUUUGGUGGCGCAGAUCAUGCUGGAAGAGGCUGUGAAUUGUUCAUCACUCUGUGCUUCAAUUUUGGAGCUUUGUGGUGGCUGUUCAUGAUGAGAUUUUGAGUGAAUGUAGAAAAAAAAGUUCAUGAUUUGAAGAUGUUAUAUAGAAAAUUUUUAUUUUAUUUUAGAGUAUAGAGAUUGUUAAUUUGUAAUUUGUUGGAAUGA